UAGGAGGCAGCAAUGUAGUGAUCGGGCGUAGACUGCCAAACUAGAAGAAGAAGAAGGAGAACAGGAAUGCAGAUGUAAUUUUCUAAAUUUGUUUUCAGACAUUAUCUGGCGAAAAGAGCAGAGUUCUUUGUUUUAUCGAUGUUGUAGUCGGUAGCAUAUAACGACAAAAUGAGUAACAUAUACAUCCAGGAACCACCGACAAACGGCAAGGUAUUGCUAAAAACAUCAGCUGGUGACAUUGACAUUGAGCUGUGGUCCAAAGAGGCACCAAAGGCAUGUCGAAACUUCGUUCAGCUCUGCAUGGAAGGUUACUAUGAUGGCACAAUAUUUCAUCGUGUGGUGCCAGAGUUUAUCGUUCAAGGGGGUGAUCCCACCGGCACAGGGACUGGUGGGGAAUCCAUCUAUGGACGUCCAUUCAAGGAUGAGUUCCACUCCAGAUUGCGCUUCAACAGGAGAGGUUUGGUUGCCAUGGCGAAUGCAGGACCUCACGAUAAUGGCAGCCAAUUUUUCUUCUCUCUUGGGCGUGCAGAUGAGCUCAAUAACAAGCACACUAUUUUUGGAAAGAUCACUGGUGAUACCGUGUACAACAUGCUCAGGCUAGCGGAAGUAGAAUGUGAUGCCGAUGAAAGACCACUGAAUCCACACAAGAUUCGAUCCAGCGAGGUUCUGUAUUCUCCGUUUGAUGACAUUGUUCCAAGGGAAAUAAAAAAAGCCAAAAAAGACAAAGAUAAGGAAGAAGGGAAGAAAUCACAGUCUAAAGCAACAAAGAACUUUAGCUUGCUGUCUUUUGGAGAGGAGGCAGAAGAGGAAGAGGAGAUGGUGAAUAAAGUCAGUAAGACCAUGAAAGGAAAAAGCAAAAGCAGCCAUGAUUUACUGAAGGACGACCCCAGAUUGAGCUCAGUCCCGGCCAUAGACGGGGAGAAGCCCAUACGAGACGCUGGGGAUUCCUCGGGGGGGUUGGAUGAGGAUGAUGAAGGGGACUUUGACGCUGAUGAUGAUGAUGAUGCUGAAGGCAGGGAGGAGAUGAGGCAGCGCAUCUCAAACAAGCUGAAAAAAGACAAGGAGCAGAAGGGGGCCGAGGCACUGGAGGAGGACCGAGGACCGAAGGCCAGUCGCAGCGAUGAAUUGCGUAAGGAGGCUCGACAGCUAAAGAAGGACCUCCUGGCCAUUAAGCAAAGGAGAGAGGACAUUGCCAAAGCAGGGGAGGAAGAAGAGCGCAAAGAAGAUGAAAAAACGGCCCCAAACCAGGCGGUGGCGGAGUAUUUAGACGAGAGGAAAAAGUACGAGGUGUUACGGAAAGAGAAGCUGAAGAAAGGAUCCACCAGGGAAGCACAGACGAUGGCCCUUCUGGAUCGCUUCAAGUCCAAGCUCUCCACGGCCAUUACGGAGGCCCCGGAAGGCCCGGAGGAUGAUGUGGAGGAUCUGGGAGAGGAUGAGGAUAAGGGCUGGAUGGCCCACGUUCUGCAGUUUGAUGAGCAAACCAGGAAAGUGAAGGAUGCCAACAUACAGGAUGAGGACACCUUCGAGAUCUACGACCCGCGCAACCCCGUCAACAAGAGGCGGAGAGAGGAGAGCAAAAAGAUGAUGAAGGAGAAGAAGGCCAAGAGGUGAGGCAGGGUCAGGGUUCACGGAAAACCCCCCCUCCUGGACUCUUCCUGCGUUCAUCCGGCUUUUUCUUCUCACGGAUAAGGGUCUGAAUUCAAGGACGUGUUGAAGAACACAGUGGAACACCCAGGUUUUCACUCCCCACCUCGCCCCCUCAUUUUGUGAACUGAUCUUCUAUGCUCUUUAUGGAGUACUGUGAACCGCGUCAGGCUAUAUCCAAAUGAUAUUGCUGGUUUCUGCUUAUAACUGAAGACCUGUAGGUUAGCAUUUAACGGUACUGUACUGCUGUUGCCUUACCCAUGUGCACAUGGGGCAUUCCCUUUACUGCUUUCUACCAGUUAGAUCUUUUGUUAAAAUGAGGUGAACUUUUUACAGGAAUACUAGACAACAGUACCUUUGCUGCUUUCCCAUUGGCCUGCUGAACCUUUUCACAAUAUGCAUUUCACAUCUAAGUCAUGUUUCCUGUGUAUGUAUGUGCAUGCGUGCGUGUGUGCGUGCGUGUGUGAAUUCCUAAUGUGUAAUGCCUGCUACAGCGAGCAAAUCUAACCCUACUGUAGUUUAAAUAUGCUCUGGAAGAGAAAACUACAGGCUUCACAUUUGUUGUGUCUAUUGUGAAAUGUAUUGUACAGUAUUGAAAUGUCUUGGAUAUCAAAACCAGCUUUGAUUGUAAUUAAUUGUAACAACCUUAAAAAUGCAUUUUACUUUUUUUUUCUUUUUCUUUUUUCCCCUCACAAUUGGUGAAUUUUAGCAGCAAAGGAUUGUUAUCUCACUAUUGCUGGACCGCUCAAAAUAAAUGACUGUCAUACUCAAA